UAAAAAAGCAUGCUCACAUCAAAAGAACACAAGUUUUUUUUUUUUCUUUUUCUUUCUUCCUUUCUUUCUUUCUUCUUUUUUCUCCUUCUUUAAUAUAAAUUAUUAUUAAAUUUAAAAAGGAAUGGCGUUACAGAGUAGAUCUCCACCUCAUUCCGUUUCUUCUCAAGAAGAAUGGGAUAUUAGAAAUAAAAUGUCAAAAACACAAUCAGCUACUUCAGUUUCAACUUCUUCAAGUAGACAAACUAUAAAUUCAUCAAUACAAGAAUCUUCUGCAAAAAUAUAUUUUGUAGAACUAGAAAAAUAUUUAACAAAUAUCUUAUCAAAAGAGGCAUCUGAGGGCGUCUCUUCUCAAAGAACAGCAGCGAGACAAAAGUUGUCAAGGUUAAAUAAUCUGCAGUUUCAUGAAUUAGCUACGGAUGUUUAUGAUGAGUUAAUAAGAAGAAAUUUGGACAAUCAUAAGUCCUUUUUACCUGUAAGAGAUGAUUUUCAUCCAAGAAGAAACCAAGCUAGACAAAAGUUAGCUACCUUACCAACUACACGAUUUCAGGAUCUCGCGAGUGAUGUAUAUCAUGAAAUUAAACGCAGAUACUCUCAUAUUUUGAUGUCAGAAGAGGAGUUACCACCUUUACCUAAACCAAAACAUAAUGAUACAAAAGCACAUACAACAAAUAUAAUACCUGUAAAAGGAAUGAUGAAUGUUGAAUCUGUCGAUUACCUUGAUGACGAAAAUAAUGGUCAAUUACCUAUGACAGAAAAUGGCAAUACACAAUCAAUAGAUAGUUUAAUGGCUGACUUGGGUAAUAUGCAAAAUGUGUCUACAGAUAUUGAGCAUUUGAAAUAUGAAUAUGAAACAAAAAUGCUAUCUAUGACGAAACGUAUUAAAAUGUUAGAAUUGUCUUUAGAAAAUGCAACUCAAUUAAACAAUUCAGGCACAAGACAAUCAUCUUCUGAUAAAGAACAACAAUUAAAGAUAAAGCAAAUGCAGGAUGAAUAUACAAAUUUAGAUAAUAGAUAUACACAAUUAGCAAAAGAAUACAAUGAACAACAAUUGGCUGUUCGAGAAGUGAAAGCUGAAAUUAAACAACUAAUUGAUGAGCUUAAAAAUUUAUCAAGUAAAAAUGAAGCAUUAAGACUUCAAAAUGAAGAAGCAAAUAAUGAAAUUCGACAUCUAACUCAAGAGACUAAAUCAUGGAAAAGAAAAUAUGAAAGUGCUAGUACGGAACUUCGAAGUUUUAAAGUUCAAUCAAUUAAUUUGGAUCAACAAGAUUUAUCGAAAGAAUUUUUCUUAAGGCCAAUUUCAAAAGGUGCAAUAGGCCAUCAGUUUGUUAUUGAAUAUCAAGCAGCUAUUGAUGACUUAAUGAAAACGUCAAGAUCAAGUAAACCUUCUGAUGUACUAUUAUCAAUGAGAACUAUUGUGUUGGCUUGUAAAGCAAUUACAACAGAAGUAGAAGACUAUGAAGUAAAUGUUGGAUUGACAUCACCAAAUCAGGAGAUACUAUAUGAUAUUAAAAAGAAGUUUUCAACUGAAUUAACGAAUUUAUUGGCGGCUACAAAGAAUUAUGCUGGAGGAAUGGGUAUAAGUCCUGUGAGCUUAGUAGAUGCUGCAGCUGGGAACCUUACGAAUACAAUUGUAGAACUUGUAAAACUUUUAGGAAUGAGACCAGCACCAGAUAAUGAAAAUAACACUCAAUCACCUUCUGUGAUAACAAAUGAAACCACCCCAAAUAGUAGGAUGGGAAAGAAUAAUAAUAGUAGUACUUACGCUUUGCAAAAUGAAAAUAAUGUAAUGAGUCUUGAAAAGUUAUCGCAAUUUCUUAAAAUGGAAACAGAUCAUAUUGUAUCAUCAGUACAAAAUCUAUUAAAUGCACUAAGAACAAAUGAUAGUAAUCUCUUUGAAAUUAUUACCUCGAUUAUUAAUAUCGUAGCCAAUAUUAUCCAAACAUCUAGAAAGACAUUCUUAAAUGGUCCAGGAUUGGAAUACAAAGACCAAGGCAAUGCUAUUUUAAGUGACUUGGAAAAAUGUAAUGGAAAAAUUAUUCAUAUACGAGAUACAUCAUUUACACAAUCACCAGAAAACGCAAAUUCUAUUGCUAAACGAAAUUUAGCACAAGAAUCAUAUGAAAUUGCUAAAUAUACAAAAGAGCUUAUAAACAUGCUAGAUUUGUAACCAAAGAAAGAAAAUGAGAAGAGAGGAGGAAGAAGAAGGAUGAGCUCUUGUAAAUACGUUUUUUUUUUUUUUAAGUUUUAUUACUGUUUGUUGUCUUUUAUUUAUUUUCUAUCCAUUACACACAACUAUACAUUAUCAUAUCAUUAUUACUAGAAAUAUAAUAAUAAACUAUAUCAUUAUUUGCAUACGAAUUAAC